UAUUUGAAAAUGUGUCAUCACAAAAUCCAGUCGGUGAGAACAAAGCAAUUUUAUUCCUAUUUUCCUGAUUACAUUCAGAUCCUGAUUGGAAAAGAGAGAUAUAAGAGUGCUUUUGUGAGUAGGAUCCAAGAAGAUAUUUGGGCCCACCCUCAGUUAUUCAUACAGAUUCUCACACUAGAAUCAUUCUGAUCACUCUAACUCCUGAACUUGACAUCAAUCCAGUGUAUUUAGCAUCCCUUUCUCAGACUCUCCCCUUAAGAGUUGCCUGAAACUUCCUCCAGUUCCCCUGAUUAAAGUCUAGGUGAGAUCUGUGCAGUGGCAGGUUUUUAUAACCAUCUCAGAGUCUUAACCUCAAGAAGCUCUGCAUCUUUGGAAGAAAGUUGCUGCCUGCAUUAGGAUGAUGGGCAAUCAUACCACAGUGAGCACAUUCCUUCUGUGGGGGUUUUCCAGUUUCCCAGACUUGCAGGGUCUCCUCUUUGUGAUGAUUUUCUUCUCCCAUGUGACCAGCCUAGCUGCAAACGUGUGCAUAAUGGUGGCCAUCAAACUGAGUCACAACCUUCACACCCCCAUGUAUUUUUUCCUCUGUGGCCUGUCCUUUUCAGAAACUUGUACCACUAUGGCAAUCAUCCCCCGCAUGCUAGUGGACUUGCUGUCAGAUAGCAAGGCCAUCUCUCUUCCUGAGUGUGCCACACAGAUGUUUUUCUUCUUUGGCUUGGGAGCCAAUAACUGCUUCAUCAUGGCUGCCAUGUCUUACGACCGUUACACUGCCAUUCACAGCCCACUGCGCUAUAAGAUCUUGAUGACCCAUAAGAUCUGCUUUCAGUUCAUGAUGGCCUCUUGGAUGGCUGGGUUCCUGGUUUCUCUGUGCAUCGUCAUCACCGUAUUCAAUUUGUCUUUCUGUGACUCCAACAUCAUCGAGCACUUCUUCUGUGACAUCUCACCUGUGGUCUGCCUUGCCUGUGAUUACACCUCCCAUCACGAAAUGGCUAUUUUUGUGCUUUCUGCCUUCGUGUUGGUGGGCAGCUUUGUUUUCAUUAUGAUGUCCUAUGUCUUCAUUGUGUCCAGAGUUGUGAAGAUGCCCUCUACCAAGGGGAAGUAUAAGGCCUUCUCCACUUGCUCCUCCCACCUCACUGUGGUGUGCAUACACUAUGGAUUUGCUGGCUUUGUCUAUUUGAGGCCCAAGGACAGGGACUCAUUCCGUGAAGACAUGCUGAUGGCGGUCACAUACACAGUGCUGACACCUCUGCUUAACCCCAUCGUUUACAGUCUCAGAAACAAAGACAUGCAGACAGCCCUAAGGAAGGUAUUAGGCAAGACAAAUAGGUUCAUCCCUCAGAUGGGGAGUAGAAGAACGCCGGACAUUAAAAAUGUACAGACUGUUGAUAAAUAAAAGUGGAAAAAGUGGAGUAUUUCUAAUCAAUUCAACCCUUUGUGUACAAAACAU